AUGAAGCGAGGAGGUCUGCGGUCGCAGCAGCAGGAGGCGGAGCGAGUGGCGCGGGAGCUCAUGGACGCGAAGAUCGAGGCGGCGCAUCUGCGGGAGCGUCUCCGACUGCGCGUGGGCGGCGACACGACGGCCGCAGAGCUCGAGGCCGAGGCGUUCGCGCUGCAGACGGCGCUGGGGGAAGCGCAAGAGACGCUGCAGACGCAGGCAGCGGCGCUGCAGACGCUCGAGCUUAAGUACGAGCAGUCGAUGCGCGGGAUGCUGCAGCUGGACGAGGCGUGGAAGCUCAGCAAGGCGCAGACGAGGGCGGCGCAGGACGCGCAGCAGGUGGCGGAGGCGGCAGGAGAAGCGCAGAAGCGGCGGAGGGACGCGCUGGAGCGGCACUUGGAGGCUGCGACAGGGCGAGAGACGAUGCUGAUGGGUCGAGUGGAUGAGCUGACGGUGCAGGUGGAGAGAGCGGAGCGCAGAAGCGACGAGGAGCGACGGGCAACGACGCAGAAGGAGCUGCAGAUCUGUGAGCUGCGCGCGGAGCUGGAGACGACGCGACAGGCGUUUGAGACGCAGCGGAAAGAGGAGGAAGGCGCGACGAGAGAAGACGUGAGGAAGCUGCAGAGCCAGCUGCAGGAGGCGCAGGAGCAGGCCGCGGCGUUGAGGGGACAAGUGCAUGCGAGACAGGAAGAGGCGGCGGCAGUGGAGAGGGAACUUCGAGCGGUGAAAGAGGCGGAAGCAGAGGUGAAGCAGCGGCUCGUGGCGUUGACGGAAGAACAUGCGACGCUGCGAGUGCAUUGGGAGUCGGUCAAGGUGGUGGCAGCGGAGAGCACGCAGCGGGCGGUGCAGGCUGAGACGGAGAAUCGCAGCAUACGGAGGGGACUGGCUGAACGGGAUGACGUGGUGCAAGAGAAAGAGCGAGCAGUGCGUGCGCUGGAGCAGGAAGUUUUGCAGAUGCAGAAAGUGGUGGAGCAGGAGUUGAUGAAGAAGAAGCAGGCGAUAGCAGAGACAGAGCAGCGGUUGACAAAAGAGUCGCAGGAAAUGCUGCAAGCGCAGGAAGAGACGUGGAGCUGUCGAGAACGAGCGCUACAGCACGAAGUGGCAAAGUACGAAGGGGAAGUAGCUCGUGUGCGGGCGUUCCACAUGGAGCUGGCCGAACUGCUACAGAUGAAGGAAGGCGGAGAUACGGUAACCGAUCCGUUGCAGAGUGUCGAGCCCACCAUGCUCAAAGCGUUUGUGGUUCAGCAAAUUAACAAGCAGGAAGUCCUCACGGCAGCAUUGGGACAAUUGAAGGCGAAAGCUGGGGCGAUGAAACGGCAGCUGCGGUUGCACAGUCGACUGGAGGUGGAGAAUAGGACACUUCGUGCUGAAUACGAGAAGGCAAAGCUAGCGAUGGAACGGAUGGCAACACGGAAAGGAAAGAGUGGCGCAUUUGCUGCUUCGUUGCCAGUCCGGCAAGCCGGCAGUGAGGUUGGUAGCAGCAGUCCUUGCGAGAAAAGUGUUGGCAAGGAGAUCCGGUCAGGAGGUCGGGAAGAAGUGCCGUUUGUAAAGCGGAAACUGGAGGCAGACGAAGAGAACGAGGUCAGGGCAACGCCUCGAAAGGCGCCGCGCACCAAACACGUCUACGUAGCUUCACGGUAUAUGGAUAGUGCAUCGAAGCGCUGA